UUGAGAAUGUGUGACAGAGGCGUGCAGAUGUUGAUCACCACCGUCGGGGCGUUCGCCGCGUUCUGUCUGAUGACCAUUGCGGUGGGAACGGACUACUGGUUGUAUUCCAGGGGCGUGUGCCGGGUAAAGACGGUGGGCGACAACGAUACGAUACGGAAGAACGAAGAGGUGAUGACCCAUUCUGGGUUGUGGCGGACCUGCUGCUUGGAGGGGACAUUUCGUGGCAUCUGUAAGAAGAUUGACCAUUUUCCACAGGAUGCCGAUUACGAGCAGGACGCAGCCGAGUACCUGCUGAGGGCUGUCAGGGCCUCCAGCAUCUUCCCCAUCAUGAGCGUGGGGCUGCUCUUCAUGGGGGGUCUGUGCGUCGCCGCCAGCGAGUUCUACAAGAGCCAGCACAACGUUAUCCUCAGCGCCGGAAUCUUCUUUGUGUCAGCUGGCCUCAGUAAUAUAAUCGGGAUCAUCGUGUACAUAUCGGCCAACUCUGGAGACCCGGGGCAGAGCGACUCCAAGAAGAGCUACUCCUACGGCUGGUCCUUCUACUUCGGGGCGCUGUCCUUCAUCAUGGCGGAGAUGGUGGGCGUGCUGGCGGUGCACAUGUUCAUCGAGAAGCACCGGCGCCAGCGCGCCAAGUCCCGCACCGAGCUGAUCAAGAAGCCGCUGUCGGCCUCGGCCUUCGCCGCCCGCAUCCCCAGCUACCGCUACCGCUUCCGCCGCCGCUCCUCCUGCCGCUCCAGCGAGCCCGCCUCGUCCCGCGACACCUCGCCCGUGGGGAAGGGCUUCACCGGCCCCGCCGGGGCCCCGCCUCCCCCGCCCUCCGCCACCGACAUCACCAUGUACACGCUGUCCCGGGAGAAGGCCCCCGCCGGGGGGCCGCUGCUCAACUCCGAGAGGGAGUUCCUCCAGGGCCACGACUCGGACCCGCCCGAUUUCAAGGAGGCCAUGCAGGGCAACGCCGCCAACAGGAGGACCACCCCCGUGUGA